AGCGAUAAGAGCAAACCAUAUACAAACAACAAAGGCAUUCUCAGUGGUGGAUCAUUGUGGUUUUCUCUGCCCAAAAAAAUUGAGAAACUCUAUUCAGAAGAAGAAGAAGAAGUAGUAGCUGCUUCUGGCAAAGCAAUGCCUGUCAUCACCGAAAUUCUAUGCUAAUUUAUCUGAUCUUGACAUUCUCUUUCGUUGUUUUCAUGCAGAUGCUCACUGCAUUGUCUGGAGAAGUGCCUCCGUCUCUGAACAUCCAAGAUCUUGGAGGACAAUGCUAGCUCUGAGAACAUCAAAGCUUGUAUUGUUUAUAUUAGCAACCUGUUGCGAGUAUCAAAUAGCUCAGAUGCCAAUUUCAUUCGCUUAGUCAUUGCUGCGAAUUGAUAUAGGUGGAGGGCUAUAUUUCAGGUUGAUUUUCCUGAAGGCAUGGCAUCUGGGUGGGACCAUUUUGGGGAUAUUGCAAAUGUAGCCCAGUUGACAGGCCUGGAUGCUGUGCGGUUGAUUGGGAUGAUUGUAAAAGCUGCAACUACAGCACGAAUGCACAAAAAGAAUUGCAGGCAGUUUGCACAGCAUCUGAAGUUGAUUGGGAACUUGUUGGAGCAGCUCAAGAUCUCAGAGCUCAAAAAGUAUCCCGAAACUCGAGAGCCUCUGGAGCAGCUUGAAGAAUCCCUUAGAAGGGCUUAUAUAUUGGUCAAUAGUUGUCAAGAUCGGAGCUAUCUUUAUUUGUUGGCCAUGGGCUGGAACAUCGUUUAUCAAUUCCGGAGGGCUCAGAGUGAAAUUGAUAGAUACCUGCGCCUUGUUCCUCUCAUUACACUUGUAGACAAUGCUCGAGUCAGGGAGAGACUUGACAUUAUUGAAAGAGAUCAAUGUGAAUACACAUUGGAUGAUGACGAUGAAAAGGUGCAGACUGUUAUUAUGAAACCUGAUCCAGACAAAGAAGAUACUGCAGUGCUGAAGAAAACUCUCUCUUGUUCUUAUCCCAACACGCCUUUCAAGGAAGCACUGAAGAAAGAAAAUGAAAAGCUUAGAGUGGAGCUACAGAGGUCACAAGCAAAUUGGGAUGCGAGUCAAUGUGAAUUCAUUCAACGUUUAUUAGAUGUCACUGAAGUUGCGGCAUAUUCUCUUCCAGAAAAAUUUUCUCCUGAAAAAAAUCAUAAAAUUGUAGAGAACACUUACAUUGAUGCUAAUCAUGACAAAGAACACGCAUAUGAUGACAAGUCUUAUGAGGGAACUGAUGCUGUUUCAACGUCAAGAUAUUCAUCUGGAGGUUCAUAUCAGGAGGAAGAAUGGCAUACAGAUUUACUUGCUUGUUGCAAUGAACCUUUUCUUUUUGCAGGUAUGAAGACGUUCUUCUAUCCCUGCGGGACAUUUUCAAAGAUUGCUACUGUUGCAAAGAACAGACCCAUAUCUUCCGCGGAAGCAUGUAAUGAAUUGAUGGCAUAUUCAUUAAUUUUGUCUUGUUGUUGCUAUACUUGUUGCAUAAGGAGGAGGCUUCGGAAGAUGUUCAACAUCACGGGCGGAUACAUUGAUGAUUUUCUUUCCCAUUUGAUGUGCUGCUGCUGCGCCCUUGUCCAAGAAUGGAGAGAAGUGGAGAUCCGUGGGGUUUAUGGUCCCAAGACAAGCCCUCCGCCGGUACAAUACAUGGAAUCUUAACAACGAUGCGUGGUUGGCUUUUGAUUAGUUAGGGGUUUCAGGUUACUUGAAGACCAUUUUAAGCUUUUAAUUAUGUAUUUUGUUGCUUUCUUUGUUUUCCCUAUUUAACCGAUGCUUUAUCAUUCACUCUAACCUUUUUCCUCUACCUUAAUAAGUAGCAUUGCUGUAUAGCUAAUUUGUUUGCAAUUUUUGUCUCUAUCUUCUCUUGUGAAUCAUUGCUCUUUCCCCUGGUU